GCCGCAUAAAGGCGGGAUUUUUCCACUGAGUCCGUCGUCGGUGUCUCUGUUGGCCCAAAUCAAGCAACUCCGUUCCUUCCUAUUCCUCCAAGGUGUAUGCUGCUUGUCGCCAGCACUGCAGACUUAGCGGGUUUUGCCGCCUGCCGGAGUCCUCACCGUGACAGCCAAAUCUUUUUCGUAGAAAUUAGAUCAUCAGAACAUUGAUCGCACAGAACCCAGGCGACGCAGCCUGCUGCCGCGCGCAUGGGGGAAAGACCGGUGCAGACUUUGUGAACUUGAACUUGCAGUACCCUGCUGAGGGCUUGAAUCUCGGAAGAACGUCCAGAUACCGUCUGAUGAUCUAGAGCAUUUAUCGCACAGUGCAGGCCUUCUCAAGGCUGAAGGCAGAGGUUCCUUAGAUGCCCAGUGGCUUCUGGGCCUUACUAGCCCUCUGCACAGUCACAGCUGUCAGCCGCACAAAUGCGUGCCCUACAGGGAGUGGCCUGUGCCACUAUGGGACCCUACCAGGGGGAUGGAUCAGCUCCAAGGGGCAUGCGCUGCUGCCCUGGCAUGAGGAGGGGGAGCUCCUCAACAUGACCUUCUCUGUGUGGCAGCCAUACUGCCCCGCCUGUCAGCUUCAGCCGCUGCUCACCCCCUACCUGGAGGGAGGGAACCUGAUGCCAGAAGAUCCGCGCACGGUCAAGCCGCAUGCUCUCCACCUAGCUCAUCACCGCCGCUGCCCUGUAAUCCACGGGGAUUGAUGACCACCCUGGAAACCCCAUCUUCCCCGUAGUCCAGGGCUGCUGUCUGACUAAACUGGACAUAGAACCCCCUGUGUUGACCUGCGGUGGUGCCUUGAUCGCGACCCCCAUUGCAAGUAUUUAUUAGAAGUUACCGGGGACUGACGGAUCAGGGACCUGUACUUUGUGAAGGCAUGCAAAUGGAGCAGUGAGGCGGACAGGGAUGCCAGAAUUGGCAGGGGUGUAUGAGGGAGAGUUGGGGGCUGAAGUGGGGGCUGAGCAAUGCGGUGAGGAAAGAGAUGGAUUGAAUAGAUGUCAGCUUUUGGCGAUGUGGUCAGCACAGACCUUCAUGCCCCAUGGCAGGUGGUUGUUGGACGCAGGUGUCUCAAUUCUUUGGCACAAUGAGACAUCUGCUUUUAUAGCGGGGUGCUUGCGCACGGCCAGCUGCGCCCCACCACUUUUGCUGUUGAAGGUGCCCCUUCUGGGUAAUGGCACCUUUGAGUUAAAAUUGGUUUGCUGGAACACCGCCCUGGCGAUGCAGCACUAAGAGCUGCAAACAAUGCGCAUGAUGCUGUAGUAUGGUAUGACCCUUUCCAAAUAAUAUGAUUAAGUGGAAUCGUCCACACAUGACCAUUUGGUGGCAGGCAGGCAGGAUGCGCAUCCUGUGAACAAGCAAAUUGCUAAGCUGCCGUUAUUUGGCUUGAGUGCAGAAUUGCUAAUGAGAGAAGGACGUUCUCGUUUCAAGGGAAUCGAGCCUUUUCCAGGAUGCCAUCUUGGCCUCGCAUUUGCCUUGCAAAGGAAGUGGAUCUGCACACGAGGCAGAAAGCAGCACUUAUUGGCCCUAGGUAGAUGUUUGUGCUUGUUGAGAUAGUGCAUCAAAGUCCAGGUAGGAGCUUCGUUGGUUUUUUUGCCCUGACACCAGGUGAAGAUUCUGAAGCAUGAAGUUGGGUAGCACAACCUGCUUGAAGUAAGUCAAUGCAAUGGUAGGCGAUAGGAGCAGUUCAAAUGCAGAAUCAUCUUCCAUUUUUGUUUUAGUCAUGUGUCCCUGCUCAAAGGUUGUUGUACGUAGGACGAAGAAUAUAUGAAGGCGUUCAUUCUGUCCUAUAUAUGCAUGGCUAGAAGCACUAGGCAUCUGGCCACGUGCAUAUUGAUUCAUAUUGUUCUUGACUCUCUUUUCUUAGGCGGCGCUAUCUUAUUGCAUCUCAGACCCUAAGGAUGCAAUUGGUUGCUUUUCAAGUUUGUACUAUCAUGAUGGCCUCUGAAGGCACGGAUGCGAGUAUAGGUGUCCAGCAGGCUAGCCUUCUGCGCAUCCAGCCUGAAGUUCUAUUGGAAGCUUGCUCAGCCUAGCCUUUGCUUGUCCAAGCCUCACAGUUGAGGCUUGCCACAGCUCCGUAGGCUUGGUUGGCGCACGUGUAACUUAUGCCCAGAUG